CUUCUUCUGUUUCAACCCGCUUCAUGAUGUGACUACGAUUUCACGGUGGCAAUUCAAUCUUCAAUUUUACAGCUGUACAUUUUAUUGUAUUUCUAGCAGUCUCCUCACUUCUUUUUGCCCAUCGCUCUCUAUCACUCCUUUCCCACUCCUUGACGCAUCCGAAUCCAAUUGCAGAGAGGCAACAGUCUUGAAACACCCCGCCAUGGGGGCGCGACAACGCGCUCAAGCGCGACCAAAGAAAGGGAGCGCUGCUAAGAAGAGUCCUAAAUGGUCCCAGAAGCAGUCAAGCUCUUCUCUCAAAGUUCCUGAUCUCGACCCCCGUCUCCGACACCGAGCUCUGUUAGCGGACUGGCAAGAUUUCUCCGACUCCAGCUCGCCUCAUCCUCGCAAUGGAAUGCUUAGUAUGAGUCAGGAGGCUCGGAAUACCGAGCGUCAUGCAAUGGGUUGGGGGUCCACGCGUCUAAGAGACAUGACAGUUACGUUUGUCAGCGCAGGCAAUCUUGUCCGUGAUGAACCUUCUGAUGAGAAGACGGAAAGCGAGACGGAAGGACAAAAAGACCCUACAACGACGGAGGACGGUGCUCAACCUGAACCAGAGACAUUACCCCUGGGGGAGCUUUCGGAAGACGCUGUUGAAGAGGGAGAAGUUGUGAAUGAUGUCAAGGAGCACGUCCCGAGCACAACACCUGCUUUGAAGAAAGCUCCCCCUGCUGUCAAGCCUGCAGCGAGGAGCGACUCUAUUUCCUCGCAUUCCUCUGAAGAAAUCCUCUUCGCUGGUCGCAAGAACGCAGGUCAGCCACGUUUGCGGCGAGUUCAGACUCCCAAAUCGACUCGUCCACUUUCCCCUCCUAUAACCUCUGUGAACAAUAGCUCUGAGCUUCCGACGGCUGAGUCCAGUUCUGACGCUGUCCCACAGCAUGUCUCGUCGUCCCCGUCACGAAAAUUCCAGGCAAUACCACUCCGAAACAAAAAUGUGGACCGCCGCGGAAGGCCUCGACUCUGGUCAAGCAGAAGAGAUGAGGAAGAAGCCAUCAUGAAUGACUAUAUUGCUAAUCUGGCAUUUGAUGAUGACAGCGAUGAAGAAGAUGCUCCCGAGCAAAGCACUUCAAAGCUUUCCAGAAGGAACGAGCACUUCAGAUUCUUUGAUGGGCCUGCUGAAUUCCACGUCAAGGUGCAAACCAAUCCUGCAGCUAGUCAGACUCCUCAGUCACACUUGCCUGACCAAGCCAUCGAUUGGGACUCUGCCGACCUAGAGGACUUUGACGAGUUGAGCACUACCGAUGAGGAAGUCCUCGAAGUCACUCAGGUACUUCGGCACCGAGUACGUCCCAGUGGGGCGCAAUAUCUCGUAACUGCACCUGGCCAAGGUACGAGCGAAGCUCGCUGGGUGUUGCAGGCCAAGCUCAAAUCAUCUUCUGCACGCGAGGAGAUUGAAAUCUUCAACGACAUCCAGGCUAUCCAGUUCCAGACCACUAGUGAUGAUCAGGACGACGAUUCUGACGAUGAUUCUGACGAUGAUGAGGUUGGUGAUGAUGUGGAUGAUGACAGAAAGUCUGAAGAUGAUGAAAAUGCCCGAAUCAUGGCUCAUACCGCUCGCAUGACUGAUGAGCAGGUGGCACGCGCGUUUGCGAAGCAGGCAGAGCUCGGUAUCAGCGGCGACGACUUGGUCUUGUUUGACGGACAUCUUGAUGCUGAUGAUGGUGAUGACGACGACGGUGAUGAGUUCUUGGCAAACGACGACUUUAUCUCCUUCUCUGCGAAGCACCAUCUUUCAAGCCGUGGCAAAUCGAAGCGGAACCGCCGACAACGCACCACUUUUCCCCCUGCGGAGGCAUUCGCUGACGCUCUCGAUCAAGAUCCCUACGGGGCAUUCGACAUAAUGGAUUUCGACAGACCCAGUCUCCGACCCAAGAAGAAGGGGCGGGUAUCAGAUCCAUUCGAAUGGGGCCUGGAGGACGAGGAAUUGGCACAACAUCUUCACAGCAGCUGGAGUAAGGAUAGGGAGAAGAAAACUGCCAGGAAGCGUGAGAGGUUGGAGGCUCGGGAAGCCGCCUUGCUCGAAGCUUCUGAUCGCAAUGAUCCCGUCGUGAUAAAGGCCGAGAUCAGACAAUUCUUGGUGCAGGAAACCGAUUUCCUCAAGUUGGCACCAAUGGACUCCACUACACGUGCUGGGGUUCAUCGACUUGCUAAGGCCUUGAGGUUGAAGUCGCACUCCGAAGGCAAAGACGGUCGUGGUGCCGGUCGGUAUCCUAUCUUGACCAAGGGCCCUCACACUCCCUUCUACAAUGUUGACACGAUUUGGGAGAUUGACAACUUGAUGGAGUCAAGGAAAUUCUUCCCGAAGCAACGUGGUGGCGGUUUCCGUGGUCCAAACACUCCUCGAGCUCGAGCUACUGUAAAGACGCGCAGAGGUGGUGGCGGCGGCACGAUGUCCGGAGCAACCUACAUGAAUGGCGAGGUCGUAGGUGGAUCUGCCCCAGAGCUCGGUGCUGACAAUAAGGGUCGUGCUAUGCUGGAGAAAAUGGGUUGGACCAGCGGUAUGGGUAUUGGAGCUGUGGGUAACAAAGGUGGUCUGGAAGCAAUCAAGCAUGUUGUGAAGACAAACAAGGCUGGAUUGGGCUAAUUCACCGUGUGGAUUUGAGUUGUCGAGACCAGGCGAACAGCAGCAUAUCGAUCGUUGUGAGGAUUGGUGGUUCAAUGUGUAUGGUAUGACUUUUGGACCAGCAGUCCAGCCUAUGAGGCCAUCGUUGAUAGGGUAUUUGGGAGCCCAAUGGCCCGCCAUGUAAUGGAAGUCCACGAAUUCCAACAUGCUUGUCUA